CUCACAACACCUUACCUCACCGCAGAAGGCUACUACAAGCGCGCCUGGCGCGAUAUUCUCCGCACGCAACAUCCACGAUGGAAAGAACCUCUCGUGAGGAGAAAUUUAGCGUACCUGUGGGCUAGUAGGACGCAUGCUGAACAAGUAGCGUGCGAAAACUUAGUCGCGAGUAAUGCGUUAGUCUUGCCAGAUGUUGAUUUGGGGAUUUUACCGCUGCGGACUGUGCCGAAGGGGUGGGCGGCGCACCCGCGGGCGCAUGAGCGGUUGGCAGCGAGGGCAGGGGUUGGAGUUGAAGGUGGUGGUGACGGUGAUGGCGAGGUUGACGGUGAUGGCGACAUUGCUAUGCCAACUCAAGGACCAGAUCCAGCUCUUCCAGCUCUGAUUCAGGAGGACAUCGAACCUGAUCCGGUCGUUGUCGCCCCAGUCAACACGACAAACUUCGCCUUCUGGCCUACCCCUGAAGCUAACACAGCCAUAUCCCUUCCAAGAUUUAAUGCAGAGGAGGAAGAGUGGCUGGAGAGCGACAUUUAUCUUCCUGGGGAAGAAGGUGAGGAACGCCUCUGGCGUGGUAUUACCACACUCGGACGUGGAGCGACUGGCCGCGUCGGUCUCUGGGUCAAAGUCGAUGAAACGCGCACCAUCCGCCGACGUAUCGCAGUCAAAGAUAUUGCUAGCAUCUACUACUCGGAUUGGGUCAACCCCAUGAACUGGCGCGAUAAGCUUCCCCGGGACGUUGCGAUACAAGAACGCGUGCGAAUGCAGGGCGGACACAGAGCUAUUCAUCGAUAUGAAGGCUAUCGCUUAAGCCUUCCGGGAAGACGGUACAGAUUGUACCAUGAAGUGUGCGAAUACGGCAACUUGAUGACGGCUAUGGAUUAUUAUUCAAAGCAGUGGCGGAGGCGUCGUAAUAGGCCCUUUCCAGCAAAGAAGGAGCCAGAGCAUGUCAUUCCAGAGGCUUUUCUAUGGGAAGUGUUCAGAAACCUAGUCGAAGCUUGCACUUUCCUCGAAAGGGGUGCUGGUGUAGACAUGGGCGCGGGCAAAGAGUGGAGAUCAAUCGUGCAUAACGACAUGCAUCUU